AUGGGUCUGCAAACCGCUGCGGAUGAAGUCCGCUGCAAAACCUUCCCCAUGUUUCUGAAGGGGAAGGCCCAGCUCUGGUUCCAGGGUCUGGCACCGGGAUCCAUCCGGAGUUUUCCCGAGCUGGCCAGACAGUUCGCCUCCCAGUUCGUCUCCUCGAAGACUUACUCGAAAAAUGCGGCUCACUUCAUGGCAAUCAAGCAGAAGCCGAACGAGUCCCAGAGGAAUUUCAUGACCCGCUUCAACACGGAGAGCUUGCAGAUCAGGGACAAGGACGAAAAGGUGGUCAUGGCCGCCUUUAUGAACGGGCUCAGGGCGGAGGAGCUAUUCUACAAACUCGUCGAGAAGCCUCCUGGAGACCUGGAGGAGCUCUUGACCAGGGCGCACGCAGCCGCUAAUGCGGAGGAGGCUGCUCGCCUGAAGAGAGAGUCAGAUCGGGAGAUCGGAAAUCGGAGAGGACGGGGAAACCCCCCCCGAGACCAAGGACGGCCGGCCCAAGAAGAAUGUUUUCGACCGACUCUCAAAGGAGAAAGCCCCCGCUCCGCCGCCGCUCCCGGAGAAAGGCUACACCCCCCUGACUCUGCCUAG